GCGAACCCAAGAGCUAGGGUUCGCGAGGAACCCAGCUCGCGGGGUUCCCGAGGAACCGAGCUCGCCGGGUUCGCGAGGAACCCAACUCGCUAGGUUUGCUCCAUCUGUGAAAUCUCCAGGGCUUUCUUAGCCAGGUUUGCUUCUUUCCAUGAAUAGCCGAUUGCAUUCUUUCUUAUAUUUCACAUAUAAUGCAUUCAUUCAGAAUCAGUAACACAGUGCUCAAGAAACUUGUAGAUGCAAGAGUUCUGGCAGGAUAGAUUUUUCUUGAAUUCUAUUUGAAGCCUCAAAGCCUUAAUGUAUCUCAUAUAUGCAUGUGCAGAGAAAAACUAGCAUUGACUAUUCCAGGAUAUUCAAGUGAAGAGCGCAACCAAACAAAAUUUUUAUCAAGUGAUCUCCACAAGAAGCGUCUUGACAUGGUGAGUUUAAAUUUUGCAGUUAUCCAGGCUCUUGGGUUCGCCUGGAGGUAAAAGAAAAAAAAGGCUGGAGGAAGGAGAAGCUGGGGAAGAAGAUGAGGGUAUAUCAGUAAUUAAAAGUAAAAAAUUUAACAUGUCAUCAAUUUUUGCCACGUGGAUUUUCCAUGUAAUUUAGUUAAAAAAAGGAAUGAGUGUUUCCGUUAAUUAACCUACCACAUCAGC